AUGGGUUUUUCACCUUUAAUAGUAUUAUCAGUACUCUGUCUACUGCCCGUUACACUGGCCAACGUGUACAGCUGUGCGGGAUUCGUCAAAUCGAAAUCAGCGAUAAAUUAUUCUGAUCUAAAGGUAUUUUGUUCGAAUCUCUUCUGAAAACUAAUCUUCAACAAGUUCAAGGUUAAACUUCUCACAGUGGAAGGACAUCUGAAACACGAGGAGGAGGUGAAUCCGUCAAAUGGCUACUUCAUGAUACCGGUGUACAACAAGGGACAGUACAUUCUCAAGGUGUCCUCUCCAGCUGGAUAUUUCUUUGGUUUGGAAAUUUGUAUUUAAAUCAACCUGAAACUCUAUUUUUUAGAACCUGACACGAUUGAUAUUAAAAUCGAUGGAGUGAGUGACGCGUGCUCGACCAACCAAGAUCUCAUCUUCGAGCUGAAAGGAUUCUCAGUUCGCGGAGUUGUCGAUGGCGCGCCGCCCGGCCUCUUGCUCGUUCUCACUCAGAAUGGAGAGAAAAUCGAUUCGACAGUCACGCAAGAAGGCGGAAAGUACGAGAUGAAAGCGCCAUCUGGAAAGUACGAGGUCUCCACUGGAGCCGGAACCUCGCAGUGUAUUUCGCGCGGAAAGACGUCCGUUGAAGUGUCGAACGCCCCGGUUCUUGUCACUCCGAACCUCAAGAUCUCUGGAUAUCAACUGUCGAUUCACACAGAAACCGCUUCGAAGAAAUCGCUCUCGGGUGCUGUCAUCAAUCUCUACGCCACUUCUUUCAUUGAUGUAAGUUCACAACUUCAGUGGAUGCUACAAUUUCCAUAGCUCUACUUUCAGCUGCCACACAUCAAGUGCGAAACGAGUGAAGGAGCGCUAAACGUGCCGACCACGCAUAAUGUGAAGUGUGCCAUCGGUAAGACCGACGCGAAAGGACUUCUUUCCGUGGCCUGUGUUCCAUCUGGAGAGUAUUACGUGACUGCUGCUCAUGAGGACGGAUUCAGCGUCAUUGCUUUUGCGCCGAAUACUCAGAAAGUCAAGAUUUCACAAGCGGCCAGUGACGUAAGCGUGAAAAACAUGGCGUUUUAAUUUAAAAAUGAAUCAAUUUCAGGCCAAAUUUGUGGCGCACUCCACAUCUGGACGUGUUCGUGUGCUUGCCAAAGAUCUUCCUCUGUCCGGAGUUGAAGUCCUUGUGAAUGGAAAGAAGAGCGGAAAGACCGAUUCGCAGGGCUAUCUGCCUCUGGAAGGACUCAAAGAGAACGAUGAGACGACUGUCACGGCCGUUGCGCCGCACACGCAAUUCAACACGGUUCGCGUGAAUGUGCAGUUCCCGAAGGUCAGCGUUGAAGACGUGAAAGUUCAAAAAUUCGAAAUCUGCGGACAAUUGGAGAAGUCUGAAAACGGAAAGCUCGAAACGCUCACUUUUACACGAAAGGACGACAAGAGAUCGCUGGAGAUCAGUCCGAAGACCGAUGGAUCCUUCUGCCAAGCCGUCAGCCCGGGACUGUUCAUCAUCGAGCCAACUGACAAGACAUCAUCUCUCACUCCACGCCUUCUGGAUCUCAAUGUUCUGACGAAGCCAGUCACGGAUCUCCAGUUCACCCACUUCAAAACGAACGCCCACGUGCAUGUCUCGUGCAUCGGAGCCUGCCCGACUUCCACUAUUUCGCUCUUCCUUCCCGGACAGACACUUGUGCGAAGUGUGCGUGGAACCGACGUGUUCGUCUUCGAAAACAUCGGCCCAGGCACCUACAACGCCCGAUUGGAUGAUAAUGGCCGCGGCUGCUGGGAGAACUCGGAGAUGGCAUUGAAUGUCGUCCAGGGCAAGCCACAACCGACCAUCCACUUUGUGCAGAAUGGAUUCGCCGCUCAAAUCGAAAUCUCGCACCCGGCUGACAUCAAAUGGACGAAUGCCGACAAGAAGCAGCUGAACGGCAGGACUCAAACGAAGGGCGGAGAAAUCAUCUCCAUCUGCGUUCCGACUUCCGGAGUCUACGAUGUUUCCCUUGAUUCGUGCUACCGAUUCGAAAAGCAACAGUUCCAAAUCACGGUUCCAUAUGACGGUGUUCGCAAGGAGAAGGCCGUCGCAGCCAGAAUCAGCGGCCACGUCGAUUUGGAAGGCGACAAGAGUGCCAGCGUCCAAGUACGUGUCAAAUCGAGUGCCGGAGAGAGAGACAUUGCUGUAUCGGCCGACGGAAAGUUCAGUUUUGAAGAGCCGUUGGCCAGCGCGGGCGAGCCGCUCUCCUUUGUUCCGUCCUCGAGUCUCCGUCUGUUCGAGCCCACCUCGACGGUCAUCACUGUUUCCGGAAAGUGCACUGAAAACGCAGUCUCUUUCAAGUCAUUCCGCGGAAUCUUCCUUGACGGAUCCAUCAAACCGGCUGUGGAAAAGGCAGUCAUCAGAGCUGUUCUCAAGUCGGAUAAAAGUGUUUCGAUUGAGACAGUUUCGAACAAGGCCGGAAGCUACAAGUAAGUCUUAUUGAAAGUGAUUCUGAUAAUAAUAGUUUGUUCAGGAUUGGACCAGUGAAGAGAAUUGAGGACUACGACAUCUCCGCCACCCUUGACGGAUACAAAUUCAUUCCGAAGGGAGUUGCCGGACAUUUUGAGAGUGCGAAACUCUCGCAACUGUCCAUCAAGAUCGUGGAUGAACUUAACGACGCCCCUCUCGACGGAGUUCUUCUGUCGCUCGUCGGCGGAAAAGGAGCCGGAUCCGACUACCGAUCGAACAACGUGCUCGACGCCACCGCGCAUAAAAACUUUGUCGCCCUGGCACCAGGCGAGUACUUCGUUCGUGCUAUUCUCCAGGAAUACAAGUUCGCGCCGACCACCUCGACGAUCCAAGUGAAGGAGGGACAGCACGAGAAUGUGGUUCUCAAGGGAAAGCGAGUGUCGUUCAGUGCGUACGGAAAGAUGCGCCUGAUGUCGGGAUCCGCUGUCCAGGACGUCAUCGUCGAGGCGCUUUCGCAAGGAUGCGAUCUCCAUCAGUCAGAAGCCACCACUACCGCCGACGGAACAUUCCGUCUGAGAGGUCUUCUCCCGGCCUGCGAAUACAAGAUUUACGCAAAGUCCUACACUAACGGCACUGCUGCCCCGCACACUUUCCCCCGCCAAUUCACCGUUGCAAUGACUGCCGAGGACGUGAAGGAGCUCGAUUUUGUUGCUACGGCGGUUAAGAAGACGACAGAUAUCGCCGUGGAAAUCGGAAUGGACGUUCUUCCGGACAUCCAGUCCGUGCGCGUUGUCAUUACCAAGAAUAACAAUGAGCACGUGCAAGUGGUCAGUGUUGUCGCCCCACAACACCUCCAUUAUCUCGUGAACCUUCCUCGCGACGGCACCGAAUAUGCGAUCCGUGUGGAAUCGGAGAGACCUCCACAGGCGUUCACCGCCAAAACGGUGCGUGUGGUGGCCGAUCAGGCGAUGAAAGUGGCGCGGGUGCCGUUGACGACGUCCAAAAGAGCCAACGACAUCGACAUCAGCCUCGGUUCACUGCUCUCGUUGCCCUUCUUCAUCUCGCUGGCACUCAUCUUCUUCAACCAGGUAAGGGCGCAGUUGUUUGAUGCAUGCUGCUAUACAAAUAGACGGUUCCGUUGUCAAUUAUUCAUCUCUUUUCUAUUUUCAGAAUCGGGUAAUCGAAAUUCUGCAGUCAUCGAUCGAGUGGGCUCGCAAUGCUCUCGCCAAUGGAGCCUCUGCUGAAAACAAUCAAAGAAGACGGAAAUGA